CAAAGAAAACAAAAAAAAAAGAACCAAAAUGACCCUCGUACUGCGGUUGGUCACCCCCUGGCUGGUGAUAAAUUUACUCUUUCAUGAGCUAACCUCGGCGGAGCUGGAAACGUUCGACUACUGCAUCAAAAUGACCCCCUCGGCGGGGUUGAUGCAAUGUGCUGGCCAGCAAGCGCUUGCAUCGCUGCAGUUCCUGGAAGAAGCCAGCAACCUUACACUGGCAAGCGGAGUGCUUAUGAUCAAGGACGAUUCCAACCCGGCGGCGAGGAUUGUGCCAAAUUUUAUUGACCACGAUCCGUUGGAUUUUAGAGGAAUACUGGAAAAUGCAGGUGCCGUGAUUUCCCAGCGCCAACUCCAGUGGGACAUGGCCAUCAUCUAUCCAGGGCUGAAGCUCAAGGUGGGGCCAACAUUGGGGGCGAACGGCGUGCUGGAGUUUGUGCUCGAUCCGAGCGCCGCCAACGACGAGCGGACGUUCCACGAGCAUGAAAAGUCCACCGCUCGCGUGCUCACGCGCAACUUCGUCGUCCCGUUUCUGCUCGGGCUCAAGUUCAACCUGGCAACGCUGCUCCCGCUGAUCUUCGGCGGGCUCAUACUGCUGAGCAAGAAAGCUCUGAUACUGGGCAAGAUCGCUCUGUUCGUGUCGGGCCUGUUUGGCUACGGCAGUCUGUUUACUCCCGGGAUUGGUUACGGUUUUGGCGUCCCGUCGGGCAUCACCGGGUACGGGUUUCCCCAGCGGCCGCCCUUCCGUUACGGGGACGCGUUGAGCGACAAGCCGGACUGGGACCAUCAUCAGGGAAGUCAUCAUCACGUGCAGAGUGAUCACCACCAUCAUCACCACGGAGGCAGUUAUGGAAGUGUGCUGAGUCAGAGUGACGACGUGGGCGUUUCCAGCGGAAGUGGGUACUACAAGAAGAAGGACAAGUUCCUGAACCUGGACGAACGGCUGGAGCCACAAGCGGCGAGUCUGGUCGAUAAGUUCUACGAGUACGAGAAGCAGCAGAUGAUGAAGGACCGGACGGCGAGGCUGUUUGAGAGGAAGUUUUACGAGACGGAGAAGGAAAAAGAUGGAGGAGGAAGUGAGGGGAUGACGACUACCGCCGGGAGCGAUGGACUGAAAGGAGAUGGCUACACGUUUGUGACGGCCGUCGAUACCAGUGAGAGGAACGAGAGGUCGCUGCCAGUUGGUGGAGUUGGGUACAGGAAUUUUGCCUGGGCGGAGGAGUGAUUAGUUCGAGUGGGGAAGAAGACAAAAUUAAACAGCAAUUUAUGCCAAAUAUUUAUUACCAAAUGAUAUCAUUAGACAAGUAAG